AAGUGCCCCUAGCAGCGGGCCGGCGGCGACGGGCGCCGGCCGCUGCCAGGCUCCUCUCCCUCCUCCCGUCAGCGGGUGCAUCGCUGUGGUGUCGAGGGGAUUAAAAAGAGCAUACUACUGUGUGAAAGGCAAGUUGAAGUAUUUCACUGUUUAUGUAGAAGAAGGGGCUGGUUGGACUCCCUUACAUAUUGCUGCUUCAGCAGGCCGUGAUGAAAUUGUGAAAGCCCUCAUUGCCAAGGGUGCUCAUGUAAAUGCUGUCAAUCAGAACGGCUGUACUCCCCUGCAUUAUGCAGCCUCCAAAAAUAAGCAGGAGAUUGCAGUCAUGCUUUUAGAGAAUGGAGCUGAUCCGGAUGCAACAGAUCAUUUUGAAUCCACCCCAUUGCACAGAGCAGCAGCCAAAGGAAACUUAAAAAUGGUACAGAUCCUUCUGCAGCACAAUGCAUCCGUUAAUAUACGGGACUCUGAAGGGAAUACUCCUCUUCAUUUAGCCUGCGAUGAAGAGAGAGUGGAGGAGGCAAAGCUGCUGGUCUCUUAUGGUGCAAGUAUUCACAUUGAGAAUAAAGAAGAACUGACCCCACUGAAAGUGGCAAAAGGUGGCCUGGGAGCCAUACUUAAAAGAAUGGUGGAAAGCUAGUGGGGACUUCUGACUUGACUCUCUUUCCUGUUGCACUUGUAUUUAAGACUGCAAACUUUGUAUUUUGAUAGUUUGACUAGGAUGUCAUGAAUGGGCAUCAGCAUGGUAAUAAAAUGUGUAUCUCUAGCUGUCCUUCGGGUACCGUGCCAAAACAACUGUUUGUACUUCCUGUUAAUUAAGCAGUUCACUGAUUUUAAAGUA